CAGAACAAGAGCAAGGAGAUACAGUAGAGACACGGUCAUCUGGACAGAGAUCCUUCACAACAAAGGAAACAGAACAUUUGAUUGGAUUUGUCUUAUUUUGGGGAGUUUUUUCCUGUGCCACCCUAGUACUGAAAUGAUGGACCACUAUUCAGAUCAGGUAACAGGGCCUAUGUCUUAGUUUCUGUGUUUUAGUGUCUCCUGGAUAAUUUGUUUAGUAAUUUGUGUUAUUAGGGCAGCCAAGGUUAUAUGUACUGUCUAACAAAGUUCAGAGGAGGCAACAUACUGUAUCUACGUGCCAGUGAAUGGGAGUGGGUGUUUUGUGUAGUCUACAAAGGAAUGUGGGUGCUUUGUGUAGUCUACAAAGGAAUGUGGGUGCUUUGUGUAGUCUACAAAGGAAUGUGGGUGCUUUGUGUAGUCUACAAAGGAAUGUGGGUGCUUUGUGUAGUCUACAAAGGAAUGUGGGUGCUUUGUGUAGUCUACAAAGGAAUGUGGGUGCUUUGUGUAGCCUAUAAAGGAAUAGUCUUACAAUUUUCUCCUUUCAAAUUAAUCAAAACUAGAUCAAUUUAAUUUAACUCACGUAUUGAAGGGCAUAGUCAAACUGAUACAUUUUUUUAGAUAGGAGUGCCAUGAGAUAAUGGCAAUAAAAAGCAUUAGUCCUGGUUAUGAUUGCUUUUACAGCCAUCCUGUAAGGCUCUUUGUAUGUUAUCUCUCAGUUGUAAACGUAGAGCAACAUGUCAUUAAGUGGCCUGUUCUGUUCCAGGGUUGCGACGGGAUUGAGCUGCUUGAUUUGCUGUUUGAUCAAAACGAUGGCAUCCUCCGUCACGAGGAGAUGGGAGACCAUGACAACCAUGCCUGGCCAAUCCACGAGCCAAACGUGAGUGGAGUGAAAUCUCUCACUCUGUGAUGUUAUCCUGCAGUGUUUUUAAAAUUUCCCCUUGGCUGUGUCUACUAUGUGAUUCCCAUGUCUAGCCUGCCAUUCUCAACCACUCUCUCCAGUUUGGCUGUACAGUAAUUAUCACAUUUGGUGUGUCAUUUGGCAGGUGCUGCGUCCAGCAGAGCAACAGGGCGAGGACUUCCUGAAUGCCCUCCUGAGUGGCAGUGACUCAGUGUCGGGGUCCCCCCUAUGGUCUCCCUCUCCCAGUGACAGUGGCAUCAGUGAGGAUCAGCACUCGGAUCAGAUGGACAGCCCCCAGCGCCCUGAGAGCCCUCUGAUGGAGCCCCACUUCAUCCCCCCACAGCCACAAACCAAGGUCGCCCUGGAUGCCAACUUCUCCAUUGAUAUCAGUAAGACAAAGCUGGCACAAAUGACUAAGCACAGAAAGUAUCACAAAUACUUGCUUUAAAGUUUCAUGGUAAAAAUAAGCAACAGAGACAGUUACAUUAUUACUUCAUGCGGAAUAUGUGAUUAAGUAUUGUAAUUUGUUAAUGUCAAACAUUGGAACAGAAGUUCAUCCUUUGAAAGCAACACAGUCUGUGUUUGUAGGCUCUAUGUAUUCAUUAGGCAAAGGCCUACAUUGUCUCAGUAUCAACACAAUCACAGACAAAUUAUGGCCCUUCUGUCUGGUCACAUCACGUCUCUCUGUGUGGUUACAGAUGGCUUGUAUUCAGGCUUCUACCCAGGCAGGACUGGGGGGACAGAGUGUUCCUCUGAUGUACACACAACCCAGCUGUCUUCUGGCUUUCCCCUCACUAUCAAGGACCUACUGCUCUCUGGCACAUCUGAGCCGGUGAGUGAUAAUGAAGGGUGUGUGUGUGUUAGUGUGUGCGUGUGUGUGAAUGUGCUUUUGUGUUUGUGUGCGCUUGGGGGAGUGUGUCUGUAAUAGUUUGUGUGUAGGUGAGUGAGUGUGUUGGAGUGGAGAGGAAUGGGUUAGAGGGGUAAAGUCAUUCAAAUAAAAUCUGCGGAGCGCAUGAAGCAAGUGGAGUACAGGUUAAACUUAAAAGAGACAGUCGCAGCAGGGCAUGGGUUCAGGCAAUGUAAUUGGCAUGAGCAAAGCAUGAAAUGAGAGGGAUGGAGGGCUAUGCUGUCUGCUGUGUAACUCUGCACUCCCUCCAUUCACUCUGAAAAACCCAUUACAGCUGGCCACUGGUUGUGAUGCUGUACGUAUUACUUACUGUAUUAACAUUUCCAUCUCACUUCCAGCCCCCACAGCAGUCCCAACAGUCCUUCCAAGAGUUGAUUCUUAAUGAGGAUGAGAAAAAACUGCUGGCCAAGGAGGGGGUGACUCUGCCUAGCCAACUACCUCUCACAAAGGUCAAACUUUUUUGCACACUUUGCAACUUCACAGAUCAACUUAUGGCUGUUGAGGAUUUCGAAAAGUGUGUAAACAUGUUAAAUAUGUACUUCCUUUGUCUGUUUCUGUUAGUAUGAGGAGAGGAUUCUGAAGAAAAUUCGCAGAAAGAUCCGGAACAAGCAGUCGGCUCAGGAGAGCAGGAAGAAGAAAAAGGAAUAUAUCGAUGGUCUGGAGAGCAGGUACUGGCAAAUGGAUAAGGCAGGGACUCACAGACCUCAAUUAAAAGUAGAUCAAUUCUGACUAGAACUGCCAAAAAUCAAUAAAAAACUUCUACAAACUAACAAGAUAUUUGGAACAUGUCACAGGGUGCUGAGCACAAAAGGUUUAAUUUAAAGGUCCAAUGCAGCCAUUUUUAUCUCAAUAUCAAAUAAUUUCUAGAUAGCAAUUAAGUACCUUUCUGUGAUUGUUUUCAAUUAAAAUGGUCAAAAAUAAAGACAAAUAGCUUCUUAGCAAAAAGCAAUUUCUGAGUGGGGAGGGGAAAACAAAAAACUAGCUGUUAUUGGCAGAAAGGUUUGGAAGUCAUUGGUUCUUAUUGGUCUAUUAACAAAUGUUACCUGCCACCUGGCAGGUCAAAACACCUACCCACCAAAACAGGCUGAAAUUUCAGGCGAUCUUUUCAAACAGCUCUUACACUAAAAGGGCAUUAUCAUCAUUUUCACAAUUUCACAGUAUUAUUACAACCUCAUAGUGUGGAAAUAUAUAUAAAACACAGAAAAAUCACGUUUUUGACUGCAUUCUGCCUAUAAGAAACAGUGUGUGAAUGCGCAGACACAAUGGUAGGAUUGUCAAACGUUUGCCUGCCGACAAUACUUAGCACCUCUGAACAGAGUGUCGGCAGUCAAUCUCUAUUGUGUUCACACAGCAAAGACCUUGGAAGUCGUCAGCCACUCAGCCUUGUAAAGUACUCCAAACCAGAAGGUGGCAGUAGCAUUGUUUGGCAAUGCAUAUCCGUGCUUAUUGCCUGUGGUCUAGAUUCCAAGCUAUCUGCGCUAAUGUUUCUAUUUUGUAGAAAGCCCUUGUUGAUACUAACCAGAUGGCCACAACUAGAUAACUACCUAGCAAGACGAUGAAGAAACAAUUUAAUUCACUCUCCAAAAUCCCUUACUGCCAGUGCCAUCCCAUAGCCAAAUGUUUCGCUAGCUAACAUUAGCAUAUUCGCUAGCUAGCACAACAUAGCUAGCUAGCUAAGGACACUGCAAUAACUCAGCAGCUAACACAGGCAGCUGUUUCAUGGAAACUAGCUAAUCCAUUGUGAUUUAAUUAUAACGUCAAUACUAGCUACAGUGGUUAGCUAGCUUGGAGGAAGUAUUUAGUGUUGUGUACAUUGCGCCUGUGCACUUAGCUAGUUCCUAUCCCAUAGUUUACAUUGUAUAUGAAGUGUGACUGGCUCAUCCGUGGAUGUACGGAGAAAAUUACCAAUUUUUUUCAUUUUUUUGUUGGCUCCCCCACGUGGGGGUUCGUGCUCUCUGAUUGGUACAUAGUCAAGUUGUUGGCCAAUGACGAGCAUUGCGAUUCUACAAAUAGAAUCUGUAGUUUUGUCUCUACUGGGUCGGCCCGCAGCACGUACCGCUUUAGUUCUAGCAAGAGAUAGAACGGCCUCCCACUGUGAGAAGUACUUAUCGGCAGUGAGAUUCUCAAUGUGUUUCUGCUUAAGUUGUGUGGCACAGAGAAACUUCACAGGGCCCACUUCAGUCAGAAAUGUGUAAUUCAGUGUACUUGACUGUCACAGUACGAUCUAAUUAUACAAAAGUGUUUUUCAGUGGUGAUUAGAGUGAUAGCUAGCUAAUAUGUUUCUUGGACUGAUCAAGCAGCAGCAGCUCGUCAGUCUCAUCUGGGAAAUUCCCUUGCUGUUUGUCUUCCAGGAUGUCUGCCUGCAACACACACAACCAGGAGCUACAGAGGAAAGUGUUCCAGCUGGAGAAAUGCAACACGUGAGGGAACACCACACUAAUCUGUUCUCCCUGCUCUGUUUCUGGCUCUGUACACCCGGUGGCAACGUUUGCUAAUUGAGCCUCUGUGUCUCCCAGGUCUCUGAUGGAGCAGCUGCGCAGGCUGCAGACUCUGGUCAUGGGCGGAUCCAAAAAGACCACCCAGACUGGGACUUGUGUCCUGGUAAAGAGAAGUGUCACUUUAAGAAACAGUUUUACUAGAUCAGGCCAUACACCAUAUGAGAUUAGAGCGAGACAGACAGGUGGAGUGAGAGAAAGAUGUAUGCCAGACAUACAGAUGUAAGUAUAGACACAGAUAGAUACACUCCAGAGAGGCAAACCAUUGAUUCCAUUGUCUACAACAUAAUUGGACAGAACAAAUCACACCACAUCAGUGCAAGCGGGAAAUUAGACUUGUAAAUCCACUAUGAAUAUGAAUGAGUUUGUAUCUCUUCUAAUGCCUUUCGGAAAAUGAUGCCCAUGUACUGGGAUUAACUGAACCGUUCUAAACAGUUACUGAAAAAGUGAAUCUUCAACUCUGGAGCUCCACUGGGGAGUGGAAGCUCUCCCAAACUGCUAAACCUCGUUGACUUUGGCAAAGUGCAAAUUAUGUGAUCUUUUCCCCUUCCCUUUUUCCCCAGGUACUGCUCCUGUCCUUCUCCCUCAUCCUCUUCCCUAGCCUGAACCCUUUCGCCGAGCCCAAGGUCAGCCAAGGAGGGGACUUCAGCCCAGUGAGGGGUGAGUCAGCCUCCUGCACCGUCUGGCCAAACCUCGCCCCACCACCCCAUACCCCCUGCCUCAAAUCACAGCUGGAGAGCUGAAUAGACUAGAGCUCCUCUCACUCCUACUGCCAGACGCUGCUACAGUGCCAGUGCUGAAACAACUCUGCAGAGCAAGGUGGCCCACCAAUUCACAUCAAAGAGCUGAGCUGACAACCCUCAGCACAGAGACCAUGUAUUAUUGAACACUCUUCUCAUCAGCCUGUCUGACUGUCAAAUUCCUCUUAACAGUUGGAGGAACUGUUGGAUAAAAUAUGAAAUGGACUUCAAAUAUAUAUAAUGGUCUCAUCAAGGUUUUAAGAUUGUGAAUUACUUAAAUUUAAUUUGUCAUCUUAACUGACUGUCCGUCAGCUCUAUGAAUAUAAUCAAUUCCUAGUUGUCUUUAGGUAAUUGUACAACCGAAGGCCAAGGUACAAGAUUGUUGAGGGUGGCGUACAGUUAACGACUUAAAGUUGGACUGUUGAUAUAUGUGUGACAUACUGUAGUUCAACAUUUAACUCACCUGUAACCUGUGUCCCUCUCGCCCCUGCAGUCCAGUCACGGUCCCUGCACAACCUCCAGUCCUCCAGAGUGCUGCAUGUGAUUGACCAGCCGUACCAAACUGCAGACGACAAGCCCAAGCCUCCACACCACCAUGUCCUGGGAGACCAGGGGGUAGAUGAGAUUACGUCUCUGCUGGGUAAACUGGGCGCCGGUCACAGCAGCCAGGGACUGUCCAAUUUUGACCCCAUGUCUCAAAAUAAUAGCUUGGACGAGCAAGGCCAUUUCCAGGGAGAUCCCAUUACCGGCCAUAUAGCUACAGUGACUUGGAAUCCACACCGCAGAGCCACACUACGCCCACAUGCUGAUGACAUGUGAUCGGAGAGAGAAUUCCCAGCAGGAUUCCUCUGCUCUGCUCCCAUCUCCAGACACUUCAUAUGAUGAAACAUAGAGUAGCACAUGCCUAAGGCUCUUGUUUACACUAUGAGUUAGGGGAAUAAUAAAUUAUUCCUGCUUUUGCCUGUUAUAUUAUUUACAUUAUAUAUAUGCUUUUUUUCUUGUUUGUUAUUCUGUUUUGUAUUAUUUUAAGGAUGUUUUCUGACUUGAUCUGGAUUUCUGUAUACUGUAAAAUUGCUUUUCAAGAUGAAUUGAGCUUCUCUUGCCCCUCUAUGACUGUUUUAACAUUGACAGUGUAGAUUUGUGUAUUUUGAGACAGACAUAAUUAUUGUUUUUCAUAACUGAUGGUGUGUACAACUUUGAGCUUUACAAAUAAUUCAGAGGAUGAUUUUGCAUGUACUGAAUACUAUGUUACAAUAACUUUAUUGACAAUCUUGCUAAGCAUUGAUAAAACUGUCUCAAAUAAACUAAACAUUUUAAA